AAACAUUAACAAAAUCUCAAAAAUAAAAAAGAAAUCCAUAUGCUGUAGCCCAAAUCACACAGAAAAAAAAAGUGUGGUGUUGCUUGUUUGGCAAUAACAAUGGCAGCACUCAACAUCAUCUUCAGUCUGAAAAUCCCUCCAAAAACUUUCAUUUCUCUUCCAAAACCUCAUCUCCUCUCUUCUUCUUCUUCUUCAUUUUCUCUCUCAUCCCCAUCUCAUCCUCCUCAUAUUGAACUUAGAAAUUUACAAGCAUCUGAUAAUAACAAAAAUGGGUCUUUAUUAUCCAAUUUUGCAAACCCAAUUGCUUCAGCAAGUUUGCUUCUUUUGCUCUCUGCUUCACUUUGCUUCUCUAACCCUGCUCUUGCAUUCAAGGGUGGAGGACCAUAUGGGCAAGGAGUAACAAGAGGUCAAGAUUUAUCUGGGAAGGAUUUUAGUGGAAAAACCUUAAUUAAGCAAGACUUUAAAACGUCAAUAUUGCGAAUGGCUAAUUUUAAGGGAGCUAAAUUGUUGGGUGCUAGCUUCUUUGAUGCUGAUUUAACAGGGGCUGAUCUUUCGGAUGCUGAUCUCAGAGGGGCAGACUUUUCCCUGGCAAAUGUUACGAAGGUAAAUUUAACCAAUGCUAAUUUGGAAGGUGCUACAGCGACUGGCAAUACAUCAUUUAGAGGAUCAGUCAUCACAGGAGCAGAUUUUACUGAUGUGCCUUUGAGAGAAGAUCAAAGGGAAUAUCUUUGCAAAGUUGCUGAUGGGGUAAAUCCAACAACAGGAAAUGAUACACGAGAAACACUUCUUUGCAACUAAGUUUGUGAAUUUUGUGGUUUGCACUUACUCUAAACAUAUUGUAAGGUAAUUGCAUCCUUCUCUAUCUCCCUUCCUCUUGUUGUAGAAAAAACAAGUCUUUUGAUGAUCUUCCCCCACUGAUUUCGAUCAAUUUGUUUUUAUUAUCGCUUCGAUUCUAUGUUUUAUAUGAAAGAGAAGAUUUUAGUGAUAUGCCUUUGAGAGAAGAUCAAAAUGAAUAUCUUUGCAUAGUUGCUGAUGAGUGAGAUAGAUUUUAUCAAUCCAGUAAAUGAUACUUUUAGUUCAUCUCCCUGUAGUCCAGACUUUUAAUAUUAUCUUGAUCUUCCCAGUAAAUCUAUUUGUUUGUUGCAGUUCUUUGUGGAAAUUAGUUUACUUUUCGGAGUAGAUUUAUUUAUUUGUAUGGUUUAGCACGAUGACUUGUGUCGGAGGAGAGUCUAACCAUAUAUAAGCCCUCCACACUUGUAUAGUUAUAUGUUAGUCAUCUUCCUUGUGUGUCUUUUCCAAACACUCCUCUCGUGUGAGCCUAUCUUAAUGGCCUGAGACACGAGGCUAUCCGUUCUGCUGAACUUCGUAUUCCACACAGAUCUCUAAAUCCUCUCUGUCUUGCAUUUUUCGCCUUUUUAGGAUUGCUAAUGGUAAUUGGCUCCAUACUUAUAUGUUAAUCAUCCUCCAUCUUUUUCAAUGUGAGACAAACUUACAUGUGGAUUUUUCUUGACGAAAUCCUCGUGUAUGAUUUAGAACUGGCAGUUGGCACUACUAAGUUGAAGAAAGUCCUAAAUCUCCGUAAUCUAAAUAUAUUCAUAGUUGCUGAACACCUAAACCAUUCUAGGUCCAUUCUGCAUUUCAUGGUCUAUAAUUUUCUUUCACACUCAUAUUUGCAUGAAUUGUAUAGUAUGAUCAUAAACUCCUAUGAUUUUACUAAUCAUAAGGCUCCCAAUAAUGUCAAGAUGAAUUAGGAUAGGUUUCCGUCUAUCUUUUGAUUCGGGAAGUUGGCAUCAAUUAUACUUUACGGAAUAAUUUUGUUUUAGAUUUUCUUGUUUUCAUAUAGAUCAAGCAAAAGAGAAAGCGCCUAUAAAGCUUUUGAUUUCAUUGAUUAGAAAGGGAAACAAGCUACAGAAACUGCAAAUUUUUACAGCUUUUACACGAUUUAGACAUUAAAGAUUGGAAAUAAGAACAGACUAAAACAACUUAUGCAAUUUUUUCGAAAGCGAGUUGGUGUAGCUAGGUUCAUUUGUUCAUGCCAGUGGCCUUCUUGACAGCUUCAGUAGCUUCA